UCUAUAUCCAUCCCUCCAUUUUUUCUUCACGGCCAGCUAGCUCUCUCCCAGACGACGUACGCUCAAACUAGCUCAUGAAGAUCGGGUGCGACGCCUGCGGGCAGGCGGAGGCGGCGGUGCUGUGCUGCGCCGACGAGGCCGCGCUGUGCCGCCGCUGUGACGCCGCCGUGCACUCCGCCAACAAGCUUGCCGGCAGGCACCACCGCGUCGCACUCCUCUCCUCGACGCCGGCCUGCUCCUCGCCGCCCGGCCAAGGCGACGACGGCGGAAGCCACCCAGCAUGCGACAUCUGCCAGGAGAAAACGGGUUACUUCUUCUGCGUGGAGGACCGCGCCCUGCUGUGCCGGAGCUGCGACGUCGCUGUCCACACAGCGAGCCCCCACGUCUCAGCCCACCGCCGUUUUCUCAUCACCGGUGUCCGAGUCGGCGCCGCACAGGACCACAUUGAUGCCGACCCCAGUGGUGCCGCCGCCAUCGUCAGCCCAAGCAGCAGCAGCGCCAACGGAAGCAACAGCGUGCCCACCUCCGGGAACCUCACCGUCGCUGACAACCGGCUGUCGGUGGAGGCAGCAGGGCUGAUGGAGGGAGGAGAAGACGACGUUGGCCAGCAGCAGCAGUGGCCGUGGAGCGACAUCUUUGCCGAUGACGGCGUUGGCAUGGACCAGCACCAGUGCUACCCCGGCUUCUCUGAACCUGGCUCCUCCAGCCUCACUGGAUGAUGCAAGUUUCAGCCAAAUGGAUUUAUCAUAUAACUGGCAAGAGUUGAUCCAUAAAAUAUUGUAAAAUGAUAUGUUUUGAUUCAUAAGGAAUCAAUUUAUUA